ACAGUGGACGCACCGACGCACACUAUUUAAACCGUCACUUUACGGAAAGUUCUAAAAUAUGGAAGCGAUUAUGAAUUAUAUAACGCUUUGAAGUCAUCCUUCGACCUUGAGCUUGUACUAUACAUGUAUUUUAGGAGACUCAUGUAUUAUGUAGACACCAUAAUCUCGUAUGGUGUACCUAAUGCAUCCGGCUGUUGCAGGUAUUGAAUGUGCCCGCAUUGCGGGACACUAUUAGAUACGCGCUGCCUUUGAAAGCUGUCUUUACGGUGAAGGAUUACGAUGGAGCGAGGACGCUUGAGUCUAUCAACCGUGCUGAUGAUCUUUCUUCUCGGUCCAACACAAAUCGUUGUAGUGACGGACACAGUGAAGGCCGGAACCCAAAAUGGUGAAAAAUUCAACAAAGAUGGUGCUCUGCUCAGUAAACCAAAAGCGUCUCAUCUACUUGAGAGUUUGGUAGGAAAUUAUGGCCCAACCACGAUACGGCCUGUAUACAAUGCCUCCCAGCCUACCAGGGUCGCCAUUAGGAUAUUUGUCACCCAAGUGAUUGAACUGAAUGAACGUGAGCAGUUUGUUCAAGUGAGCGGUCUCAUGCGACUGAAAUGGAGAGAUGAAUUCCUAACGUGGAACGAAACCGAGUACCCCGGCGUACAGAGGCUGUACGUCUCCGCAAAGGAUAUCUGGAAGCCAGACAUAACUUUGUACACUAAUCUCUCCCCGGGCUCCAGCGUCGACGAGUUCUUCGAGCGCACCAAGUCCAUACCGACGAUCGUAACGCCAGACGGCUACGUGGAGUGGAACUUCCCCGCUAUUCUCAAGUCCUCGUGCCAGAUCGACACGCUGCUCUUCCCAUUCGACAUCCAGCGAUGUGCGCUGGUGUUCGCUUCGUGGGUGUUCACCAUUACUGACAUAGAGUUGUAUAAGGACAACGAGCAAAAACAAAACCUGAGUGCCUACUUCGUGCCGAAUGGAGUAUGGGAAAUGAGCGAGGUGAAAGUAGAAGAGGCCAACGUGGACUACCCUUGCUGUCCCGAUCCUUUCGCUCAGGUCGUCUUCUACCUGGUACUCUGCCGCCGACCUCUCUUCUACAUCAUCAGCAUCAUCCUACCAGCGGUUCUUCUUGCUGUCAUCUGUCUUGCUGUCUACAUCUUACCCCCUGACUCCGGGGAGAAGAUCUCACUAGGUGUGACCACCCUUUUGGCGCUCAUCCUGUUUCAGGAGCUGAUUGGUGGGUCGUUACCGCCCUCUUCUGAUAGAACACCAAUCAUAAGUUUCUUCUUCACCCCCAUGGUGGUCAUCAGUUGCACAUCGGUCCUGUGCAGUGUGGUCAUCCUUAAUCUCCACCACCGAGGUAGCCACAAGCCAGUACCACGAUGGCUAAGGCAUUUCACCUUCCGUUGCCUUGCCCCCAUCCUAUGCUACCACCGUGGCCCCGAGACCCUCUACGUCUUCAAUAACAACUGCCCCACCAGAUCAUCUACAAUCAUUGAAUCAUGGCCUCGCACGUCUGCGCACAACAUACGUGAGUCCUCAUCAGACGGGCCGGUAUCACCACAGUCUGGUCACUGCAGUGGUGAACACACGCGUAGUAACGGUGAUAACAGCCAUGGUGAUGGGGAAACCAUACACAUGAACAGUUUCUGUGACCACACCAACGGGAAGCAGUGUUGCCACGACCGGUGCGUCGGGGAACUUGUAUCCACACUAGAGAAGCUUCACGCCGUUCGGGAAGGGUCCUCAAAGACUGGUGACGAGACGAAUGAACGGACCGUGAGUGAGUGGCAAGAGGUUGCGAUAAUUCUCAACAGGCUUAUGCUACUCAUUUCCGUCGUCACCAUGUUUUCAUCAAUAACCCUCACCAUAACAUUGUUCCUUAUCAAUGGACUCAUGCCUAAGGAGUGAAACAGCACUCUUAGAAUUAGUAAAUUUCUUAUUUAAUUUGUAUUAUUGAUUUAAUUAAACGUGACUUAUACAACAUCGUACAAAAGUAUCUGGGCGGAAUUUCAAAGAGCUGCUUACAGCAGAAGAUAGUACUAAACGAUUCCACGCUUUAGCAGAAAUGAGCAGGAUACCAGUCAAAAUCGCACAUGUAUGUGUCUGAUUCCACAGGAAUGUUACAUAGUAUCCACCCAGAUCCAGAUCCAUGGUAUGUUGGCUGGUAACCCUACUCCGGUAAGCAUAAUUAUAUUGUGCUUAGCUACUUUGUGUGCUUAAGCGGUUCUAUAAAAUUGAGCCCACUGAAAUUGAGCCAAAUUUUAUAGCGCUGCUAUGCUUAAACUCUGAGCAAUUCGUGCUUUCUGUUGCAAAACAAUUUGCUAAGGUGUAACAGUUUCAAAUGUAAAGCAAGAAAAUUAGGCCAUUUGCCUUCAGUAUUGGAUUUGCAUUGUGACGUCAUUCAUUUUCAUGCAGUAAGCGCAGGAAGCUUAGCAUCCUUUUUCGUGUGCUUACGGUUAGCAGCGCUUAGAAAGAGAAAUCGCACAGUAAGCACAAAAUCGGCCGGUUAGCAGCUUUAUGAAAUUAGGUCCGGAUUUGAACCAGGGAAGGGUUCGUGUGGGCCAUACUCGUGUCUGUGUCAGCUUGACCCUUUUUGAUGUCAACAACCCGAAAUCAGAGUCAACACUCUUCACUGACGCAGAUCCCGGGUCAUUGACCCCCAAAACGGGUCAUGCUAAUGGUCCAUACGACUCUUACCUGUAUCAAUUCUGGAACUUUUAAAAUAUGUAUAAUAUUUCAGUGUGUUCUAAUGUAUUAAAGUAAAUAAGUAAUCAUAAAAAUGGCCGUCGGCUGUGACUACACUCGGCGUUGCUACGAGCCGUCUUCUAUGCUGCCUUUUUCUACUAUUCCCAUCCAAAGAAGCCACAAGUCUAUUCGCGUGUUAUCAUUUGUGUUCCCUUCGUUGCACUAAACACAAAAUGUAGGUUUGAUAGUCCCCCAUGUUGCACCAAUGUGAAAUUAUGAUGUAGGAGGAAGAUUUACAAGAGAGGGGGCGCUCUACGCAUUUCGCCGCGUGGGGAACGGAAUCUCGCGGAGACAGAAUCUAAUGCCACACCAGUGUGAUUCUGUCCCCCUGAGAUGCUAGCUGUCCUCCACACGGCGAGCUGUGUACAAACAUCUUCUGAAAGCACCCUAUGACACUGAUAUCUUCCAGCGGCUUACCCUUUACACAAACAGUACCCAACCUGCUGGUCAUUUCAAUUCUCCCCAAGCAUACUUCAAACGAUUGCUGUUUUUCAGUUUUCAUGGAGUUUGGAUACUCUCCUAGUCUCCUGUAGUUCAACAAGUCUUGAUUUCAGAUCUAUCUCUAUUAUGCUCAGAGGCAUCGAAAAGGUGCUUCAGUAUUAAUUAGAAACUCGAGUAUUAUUUUUUGAAAAAAAUUGUAAUGACUGUAUUCGUUACACCUGUGCUUUAAGCCUAAUGACUUUUUAAAGGAUGUACAAAUCAUUGGUAGUGAAAGUCAAAUUUACACAGCAGUUAACACAUUUUUUGUAAUGAAAUUAUCAUUACAUUUUUAGACAAAAUAUUAGUUUUUAUCUCGCGAGUCCCUUGUUAAAACAGUGAAAAUAUGAAGGUGUUUUCACCAUUUUUGUCUCGUGACUCCGAUGACCGAUUGAGUUUUUAAACUUUCAUCUUUGAAGGACAUUUGUAUGUAUUAUUAUUAGGUCACACAUGUGGAUACUGGUUUAGUGACGUUACUAUAGGAGACUUUUUAGAACGCUAGGUGGCAGCAAAGUUACCAUUUCAGUUUCCAUUACGUUGUUCUAAGCACGCGCACAUCCAAGAGCAACGGAUUUACCUAGUAUGUCUGCUGCCACCUAGCGUCCAAAACGUCAACCAUUUACCAAUACUGUACCAUUUGAAUGUACCAUAAACCGUUUGUCAAUAGAACUUUUUCACGGUGCGGCCAUCUUGAUUUUGUUCACUCAAGUUCACGUUAACCAAACCGAGGCUACAAGUAGAAAUAGUCUGGUUCCUUAUUGCGCUGAACUAUGAUUCAUUGAUGAUUUAUACAGGGAAUAUUUUUUCCAAUUUUGGAAACAUGAUAAAGGUCUAUGAUAUGAGACUUUGGAACGGCCAUCUUGAUUUUGUUCACUAAAAUUCACGUUAACCAAACCGAGGCUACAAGUAGAAAUAGUCUGGUUCUUUAUUGCGCUGAACUAUGAUUCAUUGAUGAUUUAUACAGGGAACAUUUUCCAAUUCUGGAAACAUGAUAAAGGUCUAUGAUGUGAGACUUUAGAACACUAGAUGGCAGCAGACUUGUAAAUGUCUAUAAGCCACUUCGGAAUGUCAGGGGCGCACGUCUGUUACUGCUGCUACUGACAAUACCCGCUGGUAUUGUCAAAAGGUUUAUGGGAGAUAAACAAAAUCCGUUGUCAGCAGCAACAGACAUGCGCAGCUGACAUUCCGAAGUGGCUUAUUGUAAACGUAGUUUUGAGCAAGAAGUGCACAUAACAACGAGGAAUGGGUUUUGCCAGGUAAGUCUGCUGCCGCAUUGCGUCUAGACUUGUGGACAAGUCGUUAAAUCGGCCCACGCGCUCAGAUAGUCUA